GACUGAGCAGGCGCAGCAAGAGAGCGGAAAGAGCGGUGUUAGAAAUAAGUCGGGUCGAACACGUGUGUGCUGUGCGGCGAAAGAAGAAACAAAACAUUCAGCGAAUAAAGCAUUAACGCUUGUGUGCGUCUAUAGUUUGCGGUGUUAAACAUGACGAAGAUAAAGAAGGAGAAGACUGCUACUGAAGAAGAGGCAGGAGCUACAGAGAAAUCCUACCAGGAUUUGAUAGCCAACAUCAAUCCUAUCGCUAACCCUUUGGCCUCGCGAAAGUUGAGCAAGAAGCUCUACAAAUGUGUAAAAAAAGCUGCCAAGCUAAAACAGAUUCGCCGGGGAGUAAAAGAAGUACAGAAGUUCAUAAACAAAGGAGAGACCGGGAUUGUGGUACUUGCUGGAGACACACUUCCGAUUGAUGUGUACUGCCACUUACCGGUCAUGUGUGAGGACAGAAACUUGCCCUAUGCUUACAUUCCCUCAAAAGUGGAUUUGGGGUCCUCAGCUGGUUCAAAGCGGCCGACAUGCGUGAUCAUGAUUAAACCCCAUGAUGAAUACAAGGAAGCUUAUGAUGAGUGUCUGGAAGAAGUCUCUGCGCUUCCUAAGCCCAUCUAAGUGCGCUGUCCAGCACUGGUGUCAUUUGAACAUUUGUUGCAGCACACCAAUAUACCUGAUGGGCAUUUUUCACUUCUUCAGAGCUUCAUGGACAGUUGAAGGUUUUUUAUUUGGGAAGAAACAUCGGGAAUUCUGAUAAAAAAUGGCCAUUCGGCUGUGAUAAUGACCUUUUUGUUCUGAUGUUUCUGUUGAAACAUUGGCUGUAUUUUUGUAUAGCAUGUGCUUGUGUUCCCGAAUUGAGCAUUUGCUACUUUAUGUAGUUAUUUUGUCAGAUACUAUAUGUAUUUCACUGCUGUUAUUGCUUUUAUUUGAAAAAAUUCUUAAUAUUUUGAUUUCU